AUGACACAGGCCGUCAAGCGGGCCUGCGACGCUUGCCAUCGCCGCAAGGUCAAAUGUGACGGCGUCAACCCGUGUCGCAACUGUCACACUGCACAGCUGUCUUGCACCUACAAUGCAAUUCCUCAGAAGAAGGGCCCCAAGGGCUCCCGUGCAAAGGUCAUUAGCGAAUUGAGGGAAACACAGCGACAGACCAGUUUGUCCGCAAAGGUUCAAAACCGUAUGAACGGCAUUCCGAAUCCUCCAGGCCCUGUCAGCCUGGCCCCGACCCCCGGUCUGCUCUCGAGCGAGCUCGUCAAAGAAUGCAUCGACUUUUAUUUUGCGAAUCUGUACGAAAAGAUGCCUAUCCUCGACCGUCGCCAAAUCGAUCAGCAACUCCCAUUCAUGGAGCAGAACCGCGACACCUACUGCCUGCUGACCUCUCUGUGCGCAUUCAUGAUGUUGCAGCCAGGAAUGUCAAUGCCAACAGGCGAUCCUUUCAACCUCGAUGUCAUGCCUGGUGCUACCAUUGUCGCGAGCCAGUUGCUUUUGGAGGAGACCCUGCAAGUUCGCAAGGGCUACGACUAUCUCGACAACAUCAGCUUCAACACCCUUGCAACAAACUUCUUCAUCUAUGGCUGCUACCACGGCAUUGAGCUGCACGACAAGGCUUGGUUCUACCUUCGCGAGGCUUCUACCAUGAUGCACCUCAACGGUAUGAUCAAGGAGGAGACGUACCACGGCCCCCAAUGGGAUAACGCCGAGUCUUCUCGGAGAAGGCGGCUUUUCUGGCUAUUUUACAUUAUGGAAAGAUCUCACGCCAUUCAACGCCAGCGACCUUUGACUUUGCAGGCCACCAUCAACCCGCCAAAUUCCGCCGAUGACCCGAGCGACCCGCUCAGCCACCAGCUGAACAGCUUCAUCAUGCUGGUGAACCUUUUCCGCCCCUUCGACGACGCCUUCACAGCCAUCUGGAACAAGACACGCACCAACCUCUAUGUGUCCAACCUACAGAAACAAUUGAACGAAGUCCUCCCCACCUAUCUUUGCCAAGAUGGCCAGCUAUCCGACCUUCGUACCAACCAGCAGUGGCUCAAGAGCACUGUCUGGCAGUUGACUCACGGAAACUCUUCCAACGAAGACAACAUGAACUUCAACUACCCAGUCGACCUGUCUCGCGAGCUUCUGAUGACCCUCGCCUCUCAUUUCCCUGGACAAGGGAUGGAGUUGAUGAGCUCCGGCUUGAUUGAAAAGCUUUUCGAAAUUAGCUGCAACAUGACCGACUUCCUCGCUGUUCAGCCCGCCGCACGGGAUCCUUUCACUGUCGGUCCCCGGGAGCAACUCAACCAGACUCUCAACAUUGUUGCCGUCCUCCGCCAUGGCGAUCAUCGCUUCCUGCCGUUGUUGCUGAACAAGGUUGCCGACAUUAUGCCUCGUCUGACCAACCCGAUGCUGCAAAAUGCGCCCGAAAAUUCCAACAUGGGCAACAUUGAUAUAUUUGAUGGCUUUGGCAAUGCAGGCAUGGCACAGCCUCCAUCUCAAAUGCAGAUGCAGAUGGAUACCGACUACGACCGGAAGUUUUCCGUUGCCGAUUACGACAAGAAGUAUGGCGUGUCCGACAUGAACAAUAACGGCAGUGAGGCCAACACCAAUCCCGCCACAUCUGCCAGUGCAUCGUCCGUUCCUCCAGCGACUACUGCGGAUAUGAACUCGCCGUUUGCCAGUAGUUCGCCAGCCAUUAUGUCUCCACCAAUGGAGUAUCCCCACAACGGAAUGAACGACUAUGGGUGCACACCGAUGCCCGAUAUGGUCAUGAGCCCGGCCGGCCAAAACGGAUCGACGAUGAACGGUCAGAGCAAUAUGAACAGUCAGCAUCAACACCAGCAAUCGCAUCACAUGAUUCAGAAUCAGUGCAUGACGCCACAGCAAAUGCAGCCCAACAUGAGCCAGCAUCACAUCCACAACCUUCAGCAAGGGCAGAACAUGGGUAACAUCAGCCCAUCAUCAGUCCAGGCCCAGCAGACGAUGCCGACGUCCCAUCCUAUGGGUCCAGGUGGAAACAAUCUAAUGAAUUCCAUACCGCGUCAACAACCGCAGCGCGCCAGUAGCUAUGCUAUCCCGCAACAACCGAUACCACGCACUGUAGGAGACUUCCACGCUCUGCAGCGGGCCAAUUCCGAUAUGCCCGGUCUCUCUGGCAUAAGUACGGAGAUGGAUUUCAAUACCUUGCGCUGA